AUCUGGUCAGAUUUUCUUUCAAGCAAGCAACAAACACACCUCUACAGAAACACACCUCUAGCUCUCUGGAACACACUUCUUCUAUUUUUAUCUGUAAAGGCAACGACAGAGAUUCAUCAUGGUGGCUGCUGGGAAAGAGAUUCUGGGGACUGUUCUGGGCAUUAUCGGCUUUUUGGGGGCUAUCAUCAUCUGUGGUCUCCCCACCUGGAAAGUCACGGCCUUCAUUGGUUCCAACAUCGUCACCGCUCAGGUUAUUUGGGAAGGCUUGUGGAUGAACUGUGUGACCCAGAGUACGGGCCAGAUGCAGUGCAAGGUCUACGACUCUCUGCUGGCUUUACCUCAAGACCUGCAGGCUGCCAGAGCUCUGGUUGUAAUAGCCAUCAUUGCGGCUUUGUUUGGCAUCUUGCUGGGUGUGGCAGGUGGACGGUGCACCAAUUGCAUAGAUGAUGAAGUAUCAAAGAGCAGAGUGGCCGUUGCUGCUGGAGUCAUGUUCAUCAUUGCAGGAGUUCUGGUGCUGGUUCCCGUCUGCUGGUCGGCUCACACCAUCAUUCAGGAUUUCUACAACCCAACACUGAUCGAUGCUCAAAAGAGGGAAUUGGGAGCUUCCCUCUACAUUGGCUGGGGCACCGCUGCGCUGCUGUUCAUCGGAGGAGGUCUCCUCUGCAGCAUCUGUCCUCCCAAGGAAAAGAACUAUAACUAUGACGCUAAAUACUCCAAGGCUCAGUCUGUGGAAAGCAAGGCUUACGUUUAGACCCCAAGCACUGAUCUGGACUCAGAAGAGGAAGAUUUGAUAAGUUGUGCCUGUUGUUUGGUGUCACUAGGUAAAACAUUGUGAUGAAACAACAAAAAUGUUGGCAGAGUAGUCAUAGAUCUGUCUUUAAAAUAACGAAUCUAAGAGUCAUGAAUAUUGUAAAAUAAGUAGUGUUUUUCAUUCUCCAUCAUAUCUAGAGAGAUUUUCUAAUUUUAUACACCAUUAUGAAAACAUUCAGUUGAGUGCUUUUGAGUUGUUUUUCCCACUUACAUCAAUUUUAAGUGAUCUGUGUAAAUUUUGAAGUGUAUAAAACCGGACUCGUCUGAAGAUUUCUUUAGUGAUUGCUGCUCUAAAACCUGUUGUCAAUACUUUAACUGAAAAUAAGUUUUAACUUUAGCAAUUUUAUUGCAAGUUUUCUUGGAUUUUUUUUUUAUUUGCGUAUGUGACAAUAAAAUGUGUGUAAUCUUA